AUGGAGCUGCCUCAGCCGGAGCCCGUGGCAGGCUCGGCUCUCAGUCCGGCCGGCAUGCGCGGUGGCGCCCAGCGUCCUGACCACCUCCCGGGCCUCCGGCUGGGGGCUCAUGGCCUCCUGGGGUCUCCGGAGCGCGCGGCUGCUUCCUCGCCGGUCACCACCCUCACCCAGACUAUGCACCAUCUCGCUGGGCUCGGCAGCGAGACCCCAAAGAGUCAGGUAGGCAGCCUGCUCACAUGCCUAUCCCUGUCCCGUCGGGCGUCUGAAUCCUCCCUGUCGUCUGAGUCCUCUGAAUCUUCUGAUGCAGGUCUGUGCAUGGACUCUCCCAGCCCUAUGGACCCCAACAUGGCAGAGCAGACGUUCGAACAGGCCAUCCAGGCAGCCAGCCGAGUUAUUCAAAAUGAGCAGUUUGCCAUCCGACGUUUCCAGUCCUUGCCGGGGAGGCUUCUGGGCCACAGUCCUGUGCUACGGAACAUCACCAACUCCCAAGCGUCUGGCACCUGGAGGAAGACUGAGGCAUGUGACCAAGCUGCCCACGGCUCUGGGGAGGACAAAGAGAAUGAUGGAUUUGUCUUCAAGAUGCCAGGGAAACCCACACAUCCCAGCCACUCCCGUGCUCUUGGGGAGUGGGCCAGCCGCAGAGAAGCCUUUGCCCAGAGGCCAAGCUCAGCUCCCGACCUGAUGUGUCUCACCCCUGAGCGAAAGAUGGAAGUAGAGGAACUGAUCCCCCUGGCCCGAUGCCACUUCUCCCUGACCCCCUCCACAGAGGCUGUUGAGGAAGACGAUGGAUUCGUGGAUAUCCUGGAGACUGACUUAAAGGAGAAUGAUGUAGUUCCCCCAGGCAUGGAGAGCCUCAUCAGUGCCCCACUGGUCAAGACCUCAGAAAAGGAAGAGGAACAGGACCUCAUCAUGUACAGCAAGUGCCAGCGGCUCUUCCGCUCUCCGUCCAUGCCCUGCGGUGUGAUCCGGCCCAUCCUCAAGAGGCUGGAGCGCCCGCAGGACCAGGAUCUGCCUGUACAGAACAAGCGGAAAAGGAGUGUGACCCCUCCAGAGGAGGAGCUGCGGGAGGCUGAGGAACCUAAAGCCCGCAUUCUCCGCUCAAAGUCUCUGUGUCAUGAUGAGAUUGAGAAUAUCCUGGACAGUGACCACCGAGAACUGAUCGGGGAUUACUCCAAGGCCUUCCUCCUACAAACUGUGGAUGGAAAGCACCAAGAUCUCAAGUACAUCUCACCAGAAACGGUGGUGGCUCUGCUGACAGGCAAGUUCAGCCACAUCGUGGAGAAGUUUGUGAUUGUUGACUGCAGAUACCCCUAUGAGUAUGAAGGCGGUCACAUCAAGACUGCUGUGAACCUCCCUCUGGAACGGGAUGCUGAGACCUUCCUGCUACAGAGCCCCAUCACACCCUGCAGCCUGGAUAAGAGAAUCAUCCUCAUUUUCCACUGUGAAUUUUCAUCUGAGCGGGGCCCCCGCAUGUGCCGUUUCAUCAGGGAACGAGACAGAGCCUCCAACGACUACCCCAGCCUCUACUAUCCUGAGAUGUAUAUACUCAAAGGCGGCUACAAGGACUUCUUCCCACAGCACCCGACCUUCUGUGAGCCUCAAGAUUACCGGCCCAUGAACCAUGAGGACUUCAAGGAUGAAAUGAAGACCUUCCGCCUCAAGACACGCAGCUGGGCUGGCGAGCGGAGCCGGCGAGAGCUCUGCAGCCGCCUGCAGGACCAGUGA